GGGAGAGCUCAAAUUUGAAUGUCAGGGACCAGCGCUUUGUCACACAACUGCACUGAAGCAGCCUUGCUUGAAGCAAGCUUCCUUUGGCCUAAGGAUUUGAGGGAGUCAAGAAAGUCACGCUGGAGACCGAUAUGGACAGCCUUCUGAUGAAGCGAAAGAAGUUUCUUUACCACUUCAAAAAUGUCCGCUGGGCUAAAGGUCGGCACGAGACCUACCUGUGCUACGUGGUGAAGAGGAGGGACAGCGCUACUUCUUUUUCGCUGGACUUUGGCUACCUUCGCAACAAGUCGGGCUGCCAUGUGGAGUUGCUGUUCCUACGCUACAUCUCUGACUGGGAUCUGGACCCUGGUCGGUGUUACCGAGUCACCUGGUUCACCUCCUGGAGCCCAUGCUACGACUGCGCCCGGCACGUGGCUGAGUUUCUGAGAUGGAACCCCAACCUCAGCCUGCGGAUUUUCACAGCGCGCCUCUACUUCUGCGAAGACCGCAAGGCCGAACCCGAGGGGCUGCGGAGACUGCACCGCGCUGGGGUCCAGAUCGGGAUCAUGACCUUCAAAGACUAUUUUUACUGCUGGAAUACAUUUGUAGAAAAUCACGAAAGAACUUUCAAAGCCUGGGAGGGGCUGCACGAAAAUUCUGUCCGGCUUACUAGACAGCUUCGGCGCAUCCUUUUGCCCUUGUAUGAAGUAGAUGACUUGCGAGAUGCAUUUCGUAUUUUGGGACUUUGAUAUCGACCUUCUGGGAUGUCACGUGAUGAAAUUUCUCUGCUGAAGAGAGUGGAUAGAAAAAUGAUCCUUCAACUACCUGUUUUUCCCCUUAAAUACUCAUUUUCACAGAGUGUAGGGGUG